AAUGAUAUGUACAGCACUUUUGAAAAUCAAGUUUGACAGAAAGAUCAUCUACAUUGGGUGUAGGUAUCAUUGAAGUAGCUUCUGUUGUUGUUGACGUCGUCUUAACUCGACUGGACCUCUUGAUCAGUUUGAUAAGUGAACACCACCAAAUGAUACUUGUGUAGAAAAAUACCUGUACAAUAUAAUCCCAUCCAGCAAGAGCUGUAUCAAAAACUCUGGCUUGAUCAUUCCAUUUGGAAUGAUCCUGUCAGGCGUGUGGCAAUUUAACAAUACGUACAAGUACGGUGAUAGUUUUCAGUGGUGUAGAGCAAAACUAGCGUACGAAUGAAGGAUUUACACCUAUACUAUUUAUCAAAACAUUUGGGUCAUGUUAUUAGAAAUAGAAACACGGCAGUUCUAUCCAGGGUAGUUCAACUUGACUGCAAUUUCUGUAAACUACAACCAUGAUAAUUACCACAUGGUUAUCAGAUUUUCUGUACAUGUCACUCGUAAUGGAACUCAGCAUGCACGUGCAAAGAUUUGGACUUUGAUUUCCUAUGACAUUACAUUUAUUUGAAUGUGAUGUGCUUGCAAAUGAGUUGUUACGUAGAUGGAAAGAUUUGGGGGUGAAAGGCAGACUGUAUUGUGUUUGUUUCUUGAUCACCCAGAAUAUUUUUUUCGUACCAUCAUGCACGCUGUUUUUCUUGCCUUUCAAGUCUUCAUCAAGUGCUCCUACAGGUUCAUAAAUGCGUGUAGUAAUGGCGGGUUUGCAUAACAGCGAAGCCUUGUCGCUUGACUUGCUCAUAAAUUGGGUUUCCCAGCGCAUGCAUUGGAAAGGGCGGUGGCGCUGACAAAAAAAAAAAAAAAAAAAAAAGGAGAGAGAAACGAUAUGUGUCGGAUUCGUUGCACAACAGUCGGCUGCGGACGGGACUUGGCCGCUCCGUAAUAACCUUGAGCGGUAGAUGCGUUGUGAAAAAUGAACUCUUAUAUACAAUCAGGCUGAUUCUUUCCUGAAUAAAGAAUUGGAUCAGAGCUGAAAUGAAAGCUGCACCAUUUGCGCGAGCCCCCUCCGUCCCUUUGCCCACACAGCAACACCACGGCACAGCGAGGAGAGGGAGGAGGAGAGGAAUCGGUCUUGCUCGGAGGGCAAACAUUUUCAUCCACAACAACGCAAACAUGGACACACAGGGAGAAAAUCGAGCGAAAUGGGCACCAGCCAGGUAGCAGGCAGCGUUGCGCACGUAGUCAUGCAGACGAUUUUUUUCUCCCUCUCAGCGUGGCGGAGGGCGCACGUCUGAUUUGAUUUAUUUUUUUUUUUCUUUCCAAAUACUGCCUCCCUGCGAUGGCAACGACAGCGCGUUACGGAUUAUGUUUAAUUAUUUUCAUAUACGGUGGCUGUACGAGGGGGCAGAUUCACUACUCCGUUCCGGAGGAGCUGGAGAACGGCGCACAGGUGGGUGAUAUUGCCCGUGAUUUAAGUCUGGACCUGAGGAAACUUAUCAGCCGACGCAUCCGGGUGACGCCUGAGAGUGGACGGCGCUAUUUCACCGUUAAUCACAAAAGUGGGAAGUUGGUGGUGAGUGACCGUAUUGACCGCGAGAGCCUGUGUGAAGCGGGUGUCACCUGUUUACUCAGCCUGAAGGUGAGUGUGGACCACCCCCCGGAAGUGCACGACGUGGACGUGGACAUUCUGGACGUGAACGAUAACGCGCCGAGGUUCCCGCAUUCGGAGUAUCGACUGGAAGUGUCGGAAUCUGCUCUCACUGGGACCGAGUUCCACAUCGAGGCCGCUCGCGAUCCAGAUGAGGGCUCCAACUCUGUGACGCGGUACCGCCUCAGCCCCAACCAGCAUCUGACCCUGGACUCUGUUAAGCCUUUCUCUAAUAGCAAGCACAUUGAGCUUAUUCUCAAAAAGCCCUUUGACCGUGAGCAGACGCCAUCUGAUCAGCUCAUCCUGACAGCCGUGGACGGUGGUACCCCGCAGAGAAGUGGCACCGCCAGAAUCAAUGUACGCGUCCUUGAUGCCAACGAUAAUGUGCCUGCCUUUGACAGCUCAGUGUAUAAAGUCAAAGUGACUGAAAACUCACCUCAAGGUACCCUUGUCAUUCAAUUAAAUGCUACAGACCUCGAUGAGGGCUCCAACGGGGACGUUUUUUACUCGUUCAGCACUUACACUCCGGAAAGAGUCAGACAGACGUUCUCCAUAGAUACAGACACAGGAAAGAUAACAGUGAAGAACAAUCUAGACUAUGAGGAGACAAGCUCGUAUGAAAUCUACAUUCAGGCGAUGGACAAGGGGCCCGCCGCCGUGGCGGUGCACUGUAAGGUGGUGGUAGACGUUUUAGACGUUAACGACAACGCGCCCCAAAUUGUCCUGUCGUCUCUUUCGGCUCCUGUGCGCGAGGACGCCCGCGCAGACACCGUUGUCGCGCUGAUCAGCGUAAACGACCGAGAUUCUGGGCCGAACAAGCAAGUCGUCCUGGAGCUCUCGCCUCCCACGCCCUUCAAAAUCAAAUCCUUCCGCAACCACUAUAUCGUCGUGACCUCUGCCUUCCUGGACCGCGAGACCGUCUCAUCCUACAACGUCACCGUAAGCGCCGUAGACGGCGGCGCCUCGCCUCUGUCGUCUCAAAUGACCUUCAAAGUGGACGUCGCCGAUGUAAACGAUAACCCUCCUCGAUUCGAACAGACGUCGUAUACCGUUUACAUCACUGAGAACAACGCCCCCGGUGCGCCGCUCUGUACCGUCAGGGCCGCGGAUGUUGAUGCGGCUGAAAACGCGCGCAUCACCUAUACUGUCCUCAACGACAACAACCACGGCAUUCCUGUGGCCAGCUACGUCGCCGUCAAACCCAACACCGGCGAGGCCUACGCGCUGCGCACCUUUGACUUUGAGACCCUGAGAGAGUUUCACUUUCAGGUGAAAGCGCAGGACAACGGCGCGCCCCCGCUAAGCCGCGUGGCCACGGUGUACGUUUACGUUAUGGAUCAGAACGACCACGAGCCAAGGAUUGUGUACCCGCCUGCCAACGGGAGCCUCGCCGCCGAGACACUGCUGAGGAACGCCGAGGCUGGCGCGUUGGUAAUGAAGGUGGUGGCGUGGGACGGCGACGCGGGGCAGAACGCGUGGCUGCUGUACGCCCUGCGACCGCCCAGCCCGGGGUUUGACCUCUUCAAGGUGCACGAGCGCACCGGCGAGAUCCGCACCACCAGGCGCGUCGUCGAGGAUAACGCCACCUCUUUUGCGCUAACCGUUCUGGUACGUGAUAAUGGCCUGCCGCCGCUCUCGUCCACCGCAACCAUCCACGUGCACGUGCUGGAGCUCGUGCCCAAGUUGACCCCCGACCCCAAGCGCAUCGUCAGGCCCGAAAGCCCCUUGAUGUUUUCCCACGUCACCAUCUACCUCAUCAUCGCCCUGUGUGCCACCACCUUUGUCUUCUUGGUGACCGUCUGUGUGCUGGCCAUCGUGCGUUGCCAUGCCUACUGCACCCAGCCCGGUUCCUGCUCCCCUUGCUGCGUAUCCAAGAAGAACUUGCCUGAGGGGAGCAGCGCACCUGCCGCCAGCGGGGCCGGAGGACGACCCGCGUCAGGCGGAGGCCAGUCGGGUGCCAAUGUGGCCCUGCGCCGAGACCUUAAAGUCGAACCGCAUUACAUCGAAGUGCGGGGCAACGGCUCCGUCACCAAAACGUACUGCUACAAAACGUGCCUGACGGCCACCUCGGGAAGCGACACGUUUAUGUUCUACAACACGGGACGACCGCACAGCGGCACCUGGGGCUCGGGCUACGUCACCAGCCACAGCGGACACAGCCAGAUUGUCGUCCGCCGUCUCAGUAUGCCCGAUGCGAGCGCCAUUCAGCCCAAGUUUCCGAAUUCUGACUGGAGAUAUUCCGCCUCCCUGAGAGCAGGUGGUGUCAUGCAGAGUUCAGUCCAUAUGGAGGAGUCCUCGGUGAUGCAGGGAGCCCAGGGCGUUCUGGUUCAGAACUGGCCCACGGCAUCAAGCGCUGCUGAUGCCGAAGGGGGAGAGGUGUCCCCCCCGAUGGGUGCCGGAGUUGACAGCAACAGUUGGCACUUUCGCUACGGCCCCGGGGGUCCCGGCGCCCCCCCGCAGCACCUGAAGGCCGGCGAGGUUCCGCCGGAGGCGUUCAUCAUCCCCGGCUCCCCCGCCAUCAUAUCCAUCAGACAGAACCAAGGAGGAGAGGACGACAAGAGCGACUUUAUCACCUUCGGAAAGAAGGAGGAGGCCAAGAAGAAGAAAAAGAAGAAGAAGGACAAGAAGGACAAAAAGGGCAAAGAUGAUGAUGAGUAAAGAAGCAAGAAGUGAAAAUUGGCAAAGGAAAGAAAAAGGGUGUUGCUAAAACAGAGGUACCAACCAAAGUCCACUGGGUUUGCUUUUAAGCUGGCCUUUACCUUCAGUCCUCACUGAGGUCAAUUAUUGAUCUUGCCUUCAGAAACAAUAAAAAGAUUGAUUUUCAUCCACGCCCCCAUGUGCCUAUACACCCCGAGUCAACGAAAACGUUGCUAGAAAAUAACACAGGAGCACUCUUUAACCCCAUCCCGAUUGUUUAGCCUCCUUCAACCCGCCGGGCACGUUGGCACCUCUGUAUUACCCCCUAAACCCCAAACCAUGAGAAAUCAUUCUCUGCGAGAGAAGACAAAUACUUUGUAAAAGCUCUGUGCCAGCCAAGAAAAAGGAAAAGUCAGGUGUGUGCAAUCUGGAGCUGGAUACACAACACACACACACACACACACACACACAUGAAUACAAUAUACACACACGACUUGUAAAUAGCACAGGGGGAGAGUCACUGAAACGAAGGCUAACAUUUCCAACAAAACUGCUGCAGUUCUUACUACCAACAGUGUUUCCUGUGAUCGCAAAAGAAUCCACACGCAUGCACGCUCGCACAGUCAAACAUGCUAACACACUUUUUUGCCAUGUGGACGCUGACAGCACUUGAGAAAAAGCUUCAAAAAAAAAAAAAAAAAAGUCAAAAUUCAAAAGGCAACGAGAGAAAAUCCCGUGCUGAAAACGAGGCACUGUCCGCUUUUUGCCACCUAUGGGUUAUCAACUCUCAGGAUGGACGGCGCAUCCCUCUUGCGAUCACGCUGUAUUUGCCGACUGCUUCGAAAGGACCAAGAGAGCGAACGCUCCCGCCGGAAGCCCGAUGCAGAGAGCACAAGCAAGUCGGAGGAGGGAUGGGGAAGAUAGCUCGCGCUCUCCUCUCGAACGGACGACUCCGGCUAUCGGUCAGUGGACUCUGAAGGAGACGAGCAGAAUCUUGAGAUUUUGGUAACAGCCCUUCUUAUGUCCCCACGCUGCAGCAAAAGCUGAAGGCUUUCUGCUUUGAAUGUUUGGUAGCAACCAGCCCUUAAACCCAAUCCCGUUUCAACUUCUCACCUGCUUGUGCUCCUCCUAUGCUACCACAAAAUAUCCCCCAACCACAACCCCACUGACUGCCUCUUCAUGUCAAGAUGAAGUAAACCUACUUUCCUUAAUUCUCUGAAGAGAUUCACAGUACGUGUUUUGGCCAUUUUAUGUCGAGACCCCUCCCACCCACUCUCCUGUUCCUGCAUGUAUCCCUCCAGACACGUACCCCCUGCUCAGGACCCGUCCUGGGAAAACGGCCUGCUCUGAACAUUGUGGUGUGCUGACAACAGCAUGGAGUAAUGUGGAUGUGGCCCAUUCGGGGUGGUGGAGGGCGGCGGGGGCGGGGGCGGUGGGGCGGUGGGGGGGGUCCAUACACCUUCAACUUGUCUCAAAAAGUGCAAAAUGGUUCAGUGCUUUUAACGUGAAUACUAUACGUUGCCGUUCACUCACUUCCUGUUUGUCGCCGCUCUCGGGAGACGAAUCAGGUGGGAUUGAGAUGAGUCACAGUGGCGGAAGACCGGGCAGGAAGCGAGGUGGCGGGCGCCCCCCUGUCGUCCCCCCCCCCCACCCCACCCUCAAGUCGAUUGCUUAUCAUCAUCGAGUCGCAUACUAUCUUUUAUGUACGCUGUAGAUGUAGCGUUUGAUUGAUUGUCUCUACACGAGUAAUUGAACCUGCUUAAAAAAAACAUUUACAAAUCUGGGGCUUCCCCGUUAACGGCAAAAUUUCACCAGUCGUCUGUCCCGAGGCGAUGACGACGAGGCUGAAACUUGCGUCCGUGCUUCUGUGGCUCUCACUCUCCUGCCUGGAACUCGUUCCCACCUCCCCCAAAGUUUUGCGGCUCGGUAUGAUGUCACUCCAUUAAGUGGCUGCUGCAUGUACUGCUCUAAGGAAACAUACUAUAUAGAGAAAUAUAUAUAUAUACAUAGAUAGCGAUGAUUUUUUUUUUUUUUUUUUGUAUUAUCAUUUUUUUUUUCUCUUCAUUACUCACACAGGAAAUACUUGUAUGUACUUCUCUUGUCUAUGCCGAACAUCUACGUAUGUAUUAAAAACGUCACGCUCUGCAGAUGUGCUAUGGCAUCCACUAAACCUUUCGAUAUUUGUAAUGCUAUAGUGUGAUAUAUACGUUUUUAAUGCAUUUUUCCCAAAUUUGUAUUUAGGCUUUUGAAAACAAGUCAAAAAAAAAAAAAAAGAAGAAGAAUUUCACGCUGUCCAGCUUUGACAUGAUGAUCUAACUAACACUUGUAAUAUUGUAACUGAAAUAUGUAUGAUCAUAUGAUGAGCAAUCACUUCCCUUUCAUUCUUGCAAAGAAAAAAAAAAAAAAAAAAAAAAAUCACCCAAAAAAACUGGGGGGGAAAAGUAUAUGUAGUGCUUGUAUUUAGUGAGCUUUCAUGCUGUCAUUCUUUCCCAGUGUUUGGUGGUGAACUUUGGUGGCAAUGUGCGGUCCGGAUGAGGACCAGCCCAGAUUUGUUAGGAUUUUUUUUUUUCCGUACACCUGCUCAUCAAAUGUGACCGUGAAAUAGUGACUUUCAUUUACUUCCAUUCCCAUUUUGCCUUUCAUUUGACCUAAAUGGAAACAGUGGUAAUGUGUUUUGUUUAUAAUUCACAAAUAAAGUUUUCUUUCUUAAAAAUAAAA